AUGGAACACAAGCAACAGAGCACAGGCGAGGAGGCGCCGACGCUGGCGCCCUUCGUGGCCCCUUGGGACGGCUAUGCCGCCGAGGACCCCGGACCGGCCGCCCAGCGCGGCACGCCUCGUCACGUGCCGCACCUCUUCACGCCCCUCAAGAUUCGCGACGUCACCUUCAAGAACCGCACCGUCGUCUCCCCCAUGUGCACCUACACGUCGGUGGACGGUCUGAUGAACGACUGGCACCUGACCCACCUGGGCGCCUUUGCCAAGGGCGGCGCGGGCCUGGUGGUGUUCGAGGCGUCCGGCGUGCAGGACGUGGGCCGCAUCACGCCGUGGGACGCCGGCGUGUGGAAGGACGAGCACAUCGCGCCGCUCAAGCGCAUCGUCGACUUCGUCCACUCGCAGAAGGCCCGCGCCGGCCUCCAGAUCGCCCACGCCGGACGCAAGGCGUCCACAUAUCCGCCGCAUUUGAUCUUCCCUGCGCCCGGCGCGCCUGUGCCAGUGGACAAGGGCGGCUGGGUCCCGGUCGGCCCCUCGCCUAUUGCGUGGGACGACAAGUCGCCGGUUCCGCACGAGCUCACCAAGGACGAGAUCCAGGCCAUCGUGCAGGCCUUUGCCGACGCCGCCGUGCGGGCCGACAAGGCCGGGUUCGACGUCGUGGAGAUCCACGGCGCCCACGGCUACCUCAUCUCGUCGUUCAACUCGCCGCUCGCCAACCACCGCACUGAUGAGUACGGCGGCAGCUUCGAGAACCGGACGCGGUUCGUGCUGGAAGUGGUGAGGGCGGUGCGCAAGGUGUGGCCGGCGUCGAAGCCGCUGUUCCUGCGGCUGUCGAGCUCGGAUUGGGUCGAGGGCGGCACCACUGUCGAGGAUACGGUCCGGCUGGCCAAGUUGGUCAAGGUCGAGGGCGUCGAUCUCGUCGACUGCUCUUCCGGUGGCCAAAGCCCAGCGCAGAAGAUCAGCGUGGGGCCACUGUAUCAGCUGCCGUUCGCCGAACAGGUCAAGCGCGAGGCUGAUGUGCUUACCGGCGCCGUGGGACUCAUCGUAGAGCCUGUUCAAGCCGAGGAAAUCAUAUUCCACAAGCGUGCUGACUUUGUGUUCCUCGGGCGCGAGCUGCUGCGGGAUCCGUUCUGGGUGCUUCACGCGGCCAAGGAGCUCAAAUACGACAUCCACUGGCCCGUGCAGCACGAGUGGGCGGUCAACAGGCCAGGCCCAGGCAUCGCCAACCUCCCCUAA